AUGACUUCAUUGCUCCUCUUGUUCCUUUCCAUUCUAUCCCUUUUCUCCUUCUCUUCAUCAUCCAUCCCUACACGCUCUGAGUAUGAAGUCGAUCUCCUCUUUGAGGGUUGGCUAGUUAAGCACAAUAAGUCCUACAAUAAGGACUCUUUCGAGAAAAGCGAAGAGAAACAUUUAAUUUAUCUGGCAGUGAACUCAACACUGUUUCCUGAAUGGAAUGAAGAAGGCAACGAGAAUGAUACCUACUAUAGUUUUAAUGAUGCCAUCAAUGCAGUCCCAGAAUCCAUUGACUGGAGAGAACUGGGGGCAGUAACUCCCGUUAAAUACCAAGCUGGGUGUGCUAGUUGUUGGGCAUUCGCCGCGGUUGCAACAGUGGAAGGCCUAAACCAAAUUCUCACGGGCAACUUGAUAUCUUUAUCAGAGCAACAACUAAUAGAUUGUAUGUACAAGAGUUGCCAGCCCGGUUGGCCAAUAAAAGCCCUUUUGUACAUUAAAAAAAACGGUGGAAUUGACACCGACAUGGAUUAUAAAUAUACAGCUACUGUUAACCAAUGCGACAAAUCAAAAGAAAAUACAAAAGUUGUGUCAAUUGAUGGCUAUCAAGUGGUCCAGUCCAACAAUGAAUACGCAUUGAUGAAGGCAGUUGCAGAGCAACCUAUAGCGGCUUUCGUUAGUGGUUAUGAACCGGGAAUUCCAAAAAUAUCAGAAGAGUUUGAUAUAUAUUAUCACAAGGAUUUUCUAAAUAAGAUGCAGAAUGAUGUUUAUUUACAAAUCAGCUUAUCACUUCCUGGAAUAUUCUCAGGAUAUUGUAGCACAAAAACAGAUCAUGUGGUGACAAUAGUAGGUUAUGGCACUGAGGGUGACAAAGACUAUUGGAUUAUUAAAAAUUCAUGGUCAGAUUUUUGGGGAGUGGCAGGAUAUAUGCGAAUGGAGCGCAAUAUCAAGGAAAGAGAAGGCAAAUGCGGCAUUGCCACACAACUGUCUCGCCCCACAAAAAUUAAACAGACAGGGGAUCUGCUUGGAGUGAAGGCACCCCUAGGCGCUCCUUCAAAGGUGUCCUAAAUUAAUGCUGAAAUAUGUGUUAGUCAUAAUAUGAUCAGCUUAAAUAA